AUGUCGUCGAUUCCUGAUCCCGAUCCCGCGACGCAACCGGACGACAUCGAUGCCCUCGACGACCUCUUCUCUGGCACACAGGAUGCCGCCGCAACACAAUCAGCUGCCGCACCAAGCCCGACGAACGCGCUGUCUGUGCUGUUCAAUGCUUUGCCGAGCCAGAUUGUCUCUGCCAUACAAUCGGACGUUCCAUUCACAGCGUUGCCAACUGUGGCGGUGACGGCAUCGCCGACCUCACAACCAACUACUUCCGCCUCUCCGACACUCUCAUCCACCUCGGCUUUGACUUCGUCGACAUCAAGCUCCAGCUCUGGUUCAAGUUCGACUUCGUCAUCAACCAUUGCGACAACAUUGACAACAUCUUCCACAAGCACGACAUCCUCAAGUACUUCCGCCCCGUCAACGCUCUCCACAAGCAUUCUUCCUUCCACCACAUCAUCUGCUGCAGCAGAGUCGACAACUACUUCAGCUCCACCCACAACUCGUCAUGA